CGCCCCGUCGGCACUACCGAGUAUCACGAGGCAUGGCCUCUCCGUGCUACUUGAAGUUUUAGGGCUCAGUUCUUCUGCCUUGAAAUCACCAGCACUUAAUGAUACCGUCAUCAUUGCUAUCGAUUUUGAGGGUAUCAACACUAUCAAAAGCGGGUUUACUCAGAAGUACAAUAGUCAAGUUGGAUUUGCGAUUCUCGAUACCAAGGAUUAUCGAUCGCCAGGUCCCACCAGGAAAGCUCAUUUCAACCCUAAACUUUGCUACAGGAUCAUCAUCAUAUGUCACAAAAGUAUUCAAUAAGUUUCUCUUUGAAGAGAGACAAUUACGAUUCAAUCGUCGUCCAUGUUACAAACCAUUCAAUCACGCAUUCCUCACGGUCGCAAUGUGGUACUUGUGGGCCACGGUAUCCGGAACGAACUCUAGGAUUUACAAGCUUUGGGAUUCGAGUUUGAACGGCCACCUCCUGGGACUCUGGAUGCGUCGCGCAUUGCUAAUGAAGUGUUUUAGUUCCGGGGCGGCUCUCUCGGCGAUCAACUGGGCGUGCUAGGGUGCCCUUUCAACAGACUGCAUGUUGCUGGAAACGAUGCCAACUUCACUUCAAGGGCUCUUCUCCCCUUAGCAGUGAAUUGGUGCAUCAUUCAACACCAAGACGACGAGGGAUUGGACAUCUUGCAGGAAAUUUCAACCUGCCCCAUUCCUCCUUAUGUCGACCCAGAGAUUAAAGCGGCAGAAAGGCGGGAAAAGAGGCUGCUAAGGAGUCGGAAGCACCAGUCAAAGCUAU